AUGACCUGGUCCCAGGAAGCUCAGAGCGAAGGCCCCACGCUGUCCAGGCCUCCGGACUCAGGUGACACGAUCAACACCAUCCGCCACUGCAGGUCUGAGCAUGGCAUCUUGCCCAAAGUCAAGAUGUUCACUAAAUUAACUGCCGAGAAAGAGCGAGUACCAGUGUUAGGGGAGCUGUAUUUCUCCUUGGCCCUGGAGGUCUCCCUGGACAAGGGGACUCCAGAAUAUUGGGGCCAGCCCCGCCCACACGCCUACACCGCCCGGCCCCACCCCCGCCACCUCCCGGUCCCGCCCCCUCGGCCCUCCCCUUUAAGGCCCGGCCCCGGACGCAGACGCGGGUGUGACGCGGCCGCCGGCCCCCGGGCUGGGUACUCUGUCGCGCGGCCGCUUCCCCCCGGCCGGGCCCCGCGCGCCGUCCCCCGAGUCCCGCCAAGCGCCCGGCCCCCGGGGGGAGGGCGGCAGGCAGGCAGGCAGGCAGCAGGGCCGGCGGGCGCCAGCGGCGCGCAGCGGGGACCCACGGAGCCGCGCGACCCGCCGAGCCUGGAGCCGGGCCGGGGCGGGGAAGCCGGCUCCCCCCCGGAGCAAACUUCGCGGCCGGGCGGGGGGCGGCGGGGCCCGCGUCCGGAGCCGGAGGCGGGGCCGGCCGCCGCGCCCGCGCCCGCGGGCACCAUGCUGUCCGGCGCGGGCGCCGCGCCCCCGCCCGCCGCCGCCGCGGCUGCCGCGCCGUGCUGCCCGCCUCCCGCGCCGUGCCCCGGCCCGCCGCCCGCGCUGUGCCUCGGUCCGCCGCCGCCCCCCGCCCCGGCGCAGCCGCCGCCGCAGUUCCCCCAGUUCCACGUCAGGUCGAGCCUGCAGAUCAAGAAGAACGCCAUCAUCGACGACUACAAGGUCACCACGCAGGUCCUGGGGCUGGGCAUCAACGGCAAAGUUCUGCAGAUCUUCAGCAAGAGGACACAGGAGAAAUUCGCCCUAAAAAUGCUGCAGGACUGCCCCAAGGCCCGCCGCGAGGUGGAGCUGCACUGGCGCGCCUCACAGUGCCCGCACAUUGUGCGCAUCGUGGACGUCUACGAGAACCUGUACGCGGGGCGGAAGUGCCUGCUGAUCGUCAUGGAGUGUUUGGAUGGCGGAGAACUGUUCAGUCGAAUCCAGGACCGAGGAGACCAGGCCUUCACGGAAAGAGAGGCCUCAGAGAUCAUGAAGAGCAUCGGCGAGGCCAUACAGUAUUUGCACUCAAUCAACAUCGCCCAUCGGGAUGUCAAGCCCGAGAACCUUUUAUACACCUCCAAAAGGCCCAACGCCAUUCUCAAACUUACUGAUUUUGGCUUUGCCAAGGAAACCACCAGUCACAACUCUCUGACCACUCCUUGUUACACGCCAUACUACGUGGCUCCAGAGGUGCUGGGCCCAGAGAAGUACGACAAGUCCUGUGACAUGUGGUCCUUGGGUGUCAUCAUGUAUAUCCUGCUGUGUGGGUACCCCCCCUUCUAUUCCAACCAUGGCCUUGCCAUCUCUCCGGGCAUGAAGAGUCGCAUCCGAAUGGGCCAGUAUGAAUUCCCCAACCCAGAAUGGUCAGAAGUAUCAGAGGAAGUGAAGAUGCUCAUCCGGAACCUGCUGAAGACCGAGCCCACCCAGAGGAUGACCAUCACCGAGUUCAUGAACCACCCCUGGAUCAUGCAAUCGACGAAGGUCCCUCAAACCCCACUGCACACCAGCCGGGUCCUGAAGGAGGACAAGGAGAGGUGGGAGGACGUCAAGGAGGAGAUGACCAGUGCCUUGGCCACGAUGCGGGUCGACUACGAGCAGAUCAAGAUAAAAAAGAUUGAAGACGCAUCCAAUCCUCUGCUUCUGAAGAGGCGGAAGAAAGCCCGGGCCCUGGAGGCUGCGGCCCUUGCUCACUGAGCUGGGCCAGCCGCUCCACUGGAGGACAAGCAAUAACUCUCGACCCGGCUGGAUUUUUUCAACAGAGACCCAGAGUCGCCUCCUCCCGCUUCCCCUCCUCCUCCGCUGCGUGGGGCUGGGACCUCUUCAGAGGCUGUGUUCUGCCUUCGGUUCUGGCCACCUGCCUGAGAGGGGGCACCCGGGAGGCUGGGGCCCCGGGGAGAGGGAGCACCGUGCCCUCAACACUGCUCAUUUGGCAAUUUUAUCAGUAAUUUGACUUGGAAUUUUUACGAA